AUGAAUUUUCGGAAUUUCUUACUCCCCCUACAUAGGCGAAAGCGACUCGAGGAUGUGGAUUUAAAAAGUUGUAAGAAAAAGAAGAAAAAAAAAAAAUACAUUCACAGAUGUUUAAAUUUAAGAAAAUUCAAAAAAUAUGACCAGUAUAGAAAUAUGGAAAUUUAUUAUCAGUACAUAGAUUUAAAGGAAAUUUUAAUAAACAAUUGCUGCAUGGAUGUAGAAGAUAAAAACAACGAUAGUACUAGAAGUAAACGUGUUGCCAAUUGCACUACUGCAACUGCUGUUGCUGCUAUUAGUGCCACUACCGUGAACAAUGGUGAAGUAGGUAAAGACGAGAACAACCCAUGUAGCUGCGGAGAUAACUUUACAACCCAUGAUUUUAAAGGCUGCUUCAUCACAGGUCUACAUAUUUACGAAAGUAUUUUUUUAAUUGCUUGUUCAGGUGGAAUUGUAAGUAUUUUUGAUAAAAACUUUAACAAUGUUAUGAACAGAAAAGUUAGUAAUACGCUUAUAAAAGAUUUGUCCAUUAAUAAAAAAAAAAAUGCCAUGUGUUUUAUCGACAAUUUGGAUAACCUUUAUCUUAUUUAUUUAAAUAUAACAAAUGUAGUGAGAAGUUAUAAUUUAAAUAUGUGUAAUAGUGACUGCAUAAAAAUCUGCAGCAAUAAUUAUGAACGAUCAGGUAAUCAGAACGCAAAAGGUUAUAAUUUAAAAAAAGGUGUGGACGAAAUUAAUGGGUACCUAAAUAAGGAAAAGUACAUGAAAUUAAAUAAAAAAGAGAAAAUUUUUACAAAAGCAUUUUUUUAUAAUGAGAUUAUUAGCUAUAAUAUAAAAUACUUAAACUGCAGCAUAAUAAAUCCUUGCUUCGAUAAUUACCAUAAUAAUAAUAUUUGCAUAUUAUCAUCAAAUAAGGUAGUCUCUGUUAUGUAUAUUUAUGAAUUUCACAUAAACAACACAGUCAUUUUUAAAGAGCGACAAAUUUUAAAUUUAUAUUGGCAUAAUUGUUAUAUUUUCAUAUGUACACAUUUUUCAGUUUUCGUCAUAAACUUUUUUGAUAAAACGAAAGUUGCUAAUAUUAAUUUAACUUGUCCUCCUUCGGAUUGUGGGAUGGGGUUUUUGGCCAUUCCACCGAACGAAGAAUUUUGUAAUGGUAAGAAAAGAGAUAAAAAUGAAGAGAAAAAUGGUAGUGGUGAUUGUAUGUUAUUAUAUGAUAGUGAAAAUGUGAAGAAGGUAUUUAACAGGAUGUAUAGCAGAACCAAUGAAGGGGUAAAUGGAAAGAUAAGCGACAUGAAGAGUGAAAUGAAGUACAACAUGAGAUACGGAAUGGCAAGAGAAGGAACAGAUGACGACUACUGCAGAAACAAUGUACGGAAUGAUAUAGAUAAGCAAAAUACUUUGGGUCAAAAAAUAAGAGGAAAUGAUCAUUUGAUUCAUAUAUGCGAAAUUAAAAGAGAUAUAUUUAUAAUUGCCAAGGAAAAAAAUAUUAAAAUUAUAAAAAUAGAAAAAAUAAACGAAAUUGAAAAAGUUCGUGUUAUGAAUGAUUUUUCAUUAGAUAAUUUUAUAAUAAGCAUAAGUGCAUAUUACCACGACAGUAUAGAAGCAUUAAAGGAUCAUACAUUUUACAUGUCAAUAAUAACCUUUAGUAGUAACUGCUCAUUUGAGAAGGGGAAAAAAGUUAAAGGGUGGGGAACAUGUCUAGAACAUCUUAUCUUAACAAAUAAUAAUUACUUAAUGUAUAGAAGCAGCAUCAUUUUGGACAAUACAUUUUUGGGGUCUGGAGAAGGGCAAAAGAUUUGCAUUAACCAUGAGGAAGGUACUCCUGUUAUACAUUAUCAUAACAAUAAUAAUAAUGAUGAUAGUAACAAUAAUAGCCACAGUUGUUAUCUUAUUGGCACUAAAAGCAGGAAUGGGCAUGAUGAAAGUAGCGCUCGAGACUGCUGCGCAAGAUACUUUAGUAACUGCAAAUACAUGACCAGGCUCCACCGUGAGCACAUUUUCAAUAACACUGACCAGUUAAAUAUAUAUCAGUACAGUUAUCUUCAUAAAGAAAUGCUAAUUAAUGGGAUAAAAAAAAAAAGAAGAGAUAAGAAUGAUACUAGAGUAAAUGAAUCUGUGGUAAACGAAUAUACAGUAAACCAGUCUAGCUUCCUAUACAUAUAUGGUAAUAACACCUUUUUGCAAUUUCGGGCAAAAAGUGUAAAAGAAUUCUUUUUUGAAUAUAUCGUAAAAAAUAGCAAAAAUCGAAAGAACCUUUUUUUUAUUUUAAAUGAAUUAAAGAGAAAUGAAAAAUAUAGAAAUGAAUUAUCUGAUAUUGGUUUACUAUUAAUACAUUCUUGUUUUAAAUAUAAAAAAUAUUUCCUUGCUACAAAAAUUGUUGCUACUUUGUAUAAACAUUUUCAUAAUAAAGAUAAGGUUAUCUAUAAUAUCAUAAAAAUGUUUUUUCACCAUAGAAAGUUAUAUAUUCUUUCCCUCUAUUACAGAAAACUAAAAGAAUAUGGAGAAAAAAAAAAAAAAAAAAAAAAAAAAAAAAAAAUUCUCAAAAAAUGUACCAGUAAUAGUUCAAUACUGCAUAAAGUAAAAGGUAGUAGAAAAGGACAAAUAUUGUUAUCACAAAAAAUGAAAGUUAAGAGAAAAAAAAAAAAAAAUAUUAGGAGCAUUUUGUAUGUUCUUAAUUACUUGAUGACUAGGAAAAAAAAAAAAAAAUUCGAAGGAAUAAAACAACUUAGCAAAAAAAACACAGGAGCAAAAUGUGAUAAAAAUAGUGAGAACUGUAAAAAUUGUAAAAAUUGUAGAAAUUGUAAAAAUUGUAGAAAUUGCAAAAAUUGCAAAAAUUGCAAAAAUUGUAAAAAUUGCGAAAAUUGUAAAAAUUGCGAAAAUUGUAAAAACUGCGAAAAUUGUAAAAAUUGCGAAAAUUGUAAAAAUUGCGAAAAUUGUAAAAUUUGUAAAAACAGUAGAAACAAUAAAACAAAGAGUGAUAAAGAUAGUAAAGAUAAUCAAAACAGUAAUAUUCGUAAAAGUUGUAAAAAUAGCAAUAUUGGUAAACAUAAAAAAAAACAAAUAAAUAAAACUUGUGUGCAGAAAGAACAGAAAAAAAGUUUUUUCUUUUUCUUAACGAAAAAUAUAUUUAACAGAUUUCUAGUUUUUUUGUUAUUCUCUGAUGUUUAUGAAUUUCGAAAAAAUUAUGAAACGUCAUCUCCUGAUGAGUUAAAUGUUUAUAUGUUAAGUGAGCAAAUAAUAUUUUACCUGAAGGACGAUUUUUCCCUUAUAAAUAAAAAACUGACCACUCGCCAUCAUAUAUUGCCCCCCGCGUUGAGUAGAAAUCAAAAAAAGGAAAAGGAAAAGGAAAAGAAGAGUCAGAAUAAGAAUAAGCCUUGUGAAAAAAAGGGAGAAAGCAAUUGUAACUUAGGUAGAGAUAUCGGUAAUAACAAUUAUGCGUGUGGAAGUAGCAGCCAUAGCAGUAGCUGCAGCAACCAUAGAAGCGACGCAACGGGUGAUGAUCUUACAGUCCUAAGAAGGAAAAAGAGCAGCGCAGAAAAACAAAUCGUUUUAGAUAUUUUCCUUGAUAUUCUUUUUAAGUUCAACAUAUUCAUCCCACGUGUAUACUCACGCAACGUACGAUUAUGCAGCAGUAACAGUAAAAAAAAGAAUAAUUUUACGUGGUGCAUUAAUAAUACAACAGCAAGUAAUACACAAGCAAAUAGCAGCGAAGCGAGUAAUAGUAAAAAAUGCACACAAAAAAAAAAUAUUAUUGUUAACAACAUUUCCAAGGAGAAGAAGAACAAAUGUACAGAAAAAAUAAACAAAUCCUUGGAGCAGAAAUAUUACUAUGACCAUAUUACUGACAGUGUAUUCACUUCUUUCUCGAUGAGUCCUGAAAAUCACCCACAGCAUCAUCAUGAAUAUAACAAUAAAAGAAAGAAAAGUAGCUUAAACAUGAAGACGUCGAAUGAAGAAAAAAUAGAUUAUUAUCAUAGUGGGCUUGAAGAGGAUAUGGCAAAAAAAAAGAAAAAAGAGGAAAGGGAUAAAUUGGUUAGUGAAAGGGGUAACUGGACGAGUGAAACGAAUAACGGAGCGAAUGAAGUGGAUAACUGUACAAGUGAAAGGGGUAAAUUUGAAAAAAGUAAGUCUGACCAUUAUAAAAACAACGUUAUAAUAGUAGAAAAUAGAAAAAGAGAAAAAAAAAAAAAAAAAAAAAAAUACUUUCCGGAUAAUGAUAACAACCAUGUGAUACUGUGUGAUAUGGUUAGGAGUAAAGGAACAAAAAGGUGCAGUUUUAAAAAUGACAAGAUUACUACUUUUAAGAGCAUUAAGAAUGAUUACUUUUCGAAUGAUUACUUUGCGAAUGAUUACUUUUCGAAUGAUUACUUUUCGAAUGAUUACUUUUCGAAUGAUUACUUUUCGAAUGAUUACUUUGCGAAUGAUUACUUUGCGAAUGAUUACUUUUCGAAUAAGUGUUUUCCAAUGAACAGGGAUUUUGCAAAUGACAGCUCUGCAAAUAAUCUCGCCUUUUUUGAUAAAGAAUGUAAUAACAUAAAGAAGGUAGAGAUAAUAAGAAUGUUACUUCAUAUGAAGAAAAAAAAUGUAUUUGAUUACUUAAAUCAGUGUAGUUUACAAGUACUUAGAGAAAUAACUGAUACUAGUGUAAUAUUAUUGUGUAAAAUAAGCUUAAAAAAAGCUGUUAAAUUAUUAGUUCUUAGAUAUGUAAAUGAAAAAGGUAUUUAUGAAUACUUUUUUAAUCCAAAUGAUAUGAUAAUAAAAUUAAAAAAAGAACCUUUUUUUUUGUAUAAAUAUGUAAAAAAAAUAAAAGAUAUAAAACAUUUAAGUAAGCAUAUUAACUUAUUUGUAUUUUUAAUAUUCAUCUUUGAACCGACAUUAUUAAUGCAUUACAUAAACAAGUAUUACGCCUAUAUUAGCUUUAAGGUUGUUCUAUUCUUAAUUUCCUUUUUCAAUCUCCUCUAUUCAAAUAACAGUAGUUUGCUCGAGGGGGGAAACAGCAACAAGUUGGAGUAUAGUUGUAACGGAGCUCAUAAGGGGGAGAACGAGGGCCACACAGUAAAGACAUUAUCGGGAGGGCAAAGAGUUGUGCACAUUGAGGCACAAGCAAAAAGAAUAGAAGAAACAAACGAAACGGAGAAAGAAAAAAGAAAAGAAGAGGCAAGCAGGAUGGAAGAAUCAAACCAAACAGACCGUGGAGAUAACGUACCUUACAACAGUGGUGCAAAUUUGAAAACAGGGACAGCUGCUAAAUGUCGGCUAAUUUAUUUUAAGAAUGAAUAUGUUAUGUUACUGUACAAGUAUUUAUUACAUGAGCAUGUGAAAAAGGAAAAAAUGAUGAAUCUAUUUGAUCUGAUAAAAGAAGAGUCCAAGUAUUGCAAAAAUGAUUUUAACUUCUUUCUCCAUGUAAAAGCAUUUAUAUAUGUAAUCUUUGGUUAUAUUAAUAGAGGGUUAAAUAUAUAUAUAAAAAUGAACAAUUAUGCAGAAAUAUAUUAUAUUAUGACAUGUUACAAUAUAACCAUUAGUGAAGAUAUUAAGAAGAAAGUAUAUGAAUACAUGGCUUCAACAGAUUGUGCUACUACCAAAAGAAAUGUACAACACAUAAAAUUAAAUAAAAAAUGGUGUAAUAAUAAUAUACAUAUGGCACAAGGAGAUUCAACAAAUGUAAUACAUAGUAGUACUAGUAGAAACACUUUAAUUGAUGAUGAUAUAUACGUUAACUCCCCAUAUCGAAGUACUAUCAGUCUAUGCAGACAUAGACAAAAUGAAUUCAGUGAUGUUCGUCCUAGGAGCAGUCAACGUAUCGACAGUUACAUAAAUACCAGAAGUAAUGCUAAAAGAAUGGAUGGAGCAGAGGGAAAAGAAAUUAAUAUCCCGUAUUGCCUUGCGCUACAAGCGAAGAACUUUCGAUUGAAGACAAAUCGAAAAAUUAAAAAAAAUAAAGGAAAAUUUAGAGGAAGUUCUGAAGUCAACAUGAAAGGCAACUUCGACGGUAACACUUAUGGUUUUAAAAAAGUAGUUUGUCCAAUGAAGAAUAAUAAUGACAGGUCAGGUGAGCUCAACACGAGUGAUCACAACACGAGUGAUCACAACACGAAUGAUCACAACACAAAUGAUCACAACACGAGUGAUCACAACACGAAUGAUCACAACACAAGUGAUCACAACACAAGUGAGCUUUACCAUAAUAGCUCUAUGAAGAAUAAAUGGCAAAAGGAAGCAGUUGAAAAGAUAGAUGAUGACAUAGCAAAACAGAGAAGUCCAGUUCCAAAAAGUGCGCAUACGAGCGUGAACAAGAAGGAAUAUGAUGAAACAGUGGAUAAUAACAGAAACAGAGGCAGGUCUUAUGACUGUAUAGAGUCGUAUGUACACAAAUUUGUAAAGAGUGAUAUCUUAGAUAAGGAAAUUAUGUAUCAGUUGUAUUAUGAAAAAAAUAAGGAGAAUGACAAAAAAGGCAAAAAUUAUUUAGUUGAUAUUAAUAAUUAUGGGAAAAAGCAAAAUGAAGGAAAAAAAAAAAAUAAAAAUAAAAAUAGCAAAAAUGAAAAUAAUAAAAAUAAUAAAACAAAUCAAUAUAAAAAUAAUAAAACAAAUCAAUGUAAAAAUGAUAAAACAAAUCAAUAUAAAAAUAAUAAAAAAAAUCAAUAUAAAAAUAAUAAAAAUAAAAACAAAACUCACACCUACAAGAACUACAUAACGUACAAUAAUUAUUAUCUAUCGUUUUGGAAAAAAACAGAGAAACUAAAUGCAUUUAAGGAAAACGUAAUUAAGAGCUAUUUAGUUCAUAACAUAAAUUAUGACAUAUAUUAUGACAUGAAUUACAUGAUGCUGAUUAACUUACUACAGGAAUUAUUUUAUAAAAACGAUCUUUGUGAAAACUACAACAACAUAUUAGUUAGCGAAAAAACAGAGACAUUUAACUUUUUUAAGGAAAUAAAAAAAAGAGGUUAUGCUAUAUAUAAUGGAAAGAUUAAAAAAGAAAUUAAAAAUAACGACUUAAAAUUAUUAGACAUCAAUGAUUAUUAUUUUUUAAAUGAUAAUUCAAGAGAAGCAGAUAUGUUAUUACCAUAUAUAAAGGACAAUAAUAAUUCUGAAAAUACCAAGAAGGACAUAUUUCAUAUUCAAAAACAUCUGCCAGCUAACCAUUUUUUAUAUGAUCAAGUUUAUAAUAACAGCCCGUAUAUUUCAAACUUUUCCUCCUUUUGCUCCCUUUGCUUAAAUAACAUAUAUCAUGAUUCUAAUGCGUUCAAUGAAGAAAAAGAAAUUAAAAAUAAUGUUAUCGUUUUUUUUUUUUGUAAUCAUCUUUACCAUUUGAAAUGUUUAAAAGAUAAGAAUCUCCUUUGCGGGGUUUGCGAAACGUGCGAUUAG